GAUUUCCAAGCCUUCUGAAACCCUACUGCUGGCAGCCAGUUAGCUGCCGACCCGUGCAAGCGAAAAGAACCCCGCACGCACACUCCAUCACAUCGACACCCUCCACCACCGCCCAACUCACAACUGCUUCGAACACACUACGCGUCCGAAGUCCCCCCGCGUCCGACAGAACAACUACCACCGCCUUCCACUUCACCUCCGCCGCAACCCACAACACGCACUACACCAUGGCUUCCGGUCUUCCCAAGAGGAUCAUCAAGGAGACUGAACGUCUCGUCGCGGAGCCAGUCCCCGGCAUCAACGCAGUCCCGCACGACGACAACCUCCGUUACUUUGAUGUUUCUAUCCACGGCCCAGCACAGUCCCCGUACGAAGGAGGAAUCUUCCGUCUCGAGCUCUUCCUUCCGGAGGACUACCCGAUGACGCCGCCAAAAAUCCGGUUCCUGACGAAGAUCUACCACCCUAACAUUGACCGUCUCGGGCGCAUCUGCCUCGACGUUCUCAAGGGAAACUGGUCGCCCGCUCUGCAGAUCCGCACCAUCCUGCUAUCCAUCCAAGCGCUCCUUGGUGCUCCCAACCCGGACGAUCCCCUCGCGAACGAUGUCGCCCAGAGGUGGAAGGAGGACGAAAAGGCGGCUAUCAACACCGCCCGGGAGUGGACGCGCACCCAUGCGAUGACGUAAACCAGAUAGGCGCUGCUUACUUACUUACCUUUGGUCGGGGUUAACGCUCUGUGGGUUUCUGUGUUUCUGUGCU